AUGGGCAGCCGACCCCGCAGCCCCAGCGCCUGCCCUGCGCCCUGGUGGGGACAGCAGCCAGGAGGCCCCGGCCCUGCCAAGCGCCGCCGACUGGAGGAGCCAGCGGCCCCCGAACCCCGCGUGGCGCCCAUCCUGGAAGACCCGGCGGGGACUUCAGCCGCGGAGGCGCCCAUCUUCGUGGUGGUCCUGGCCGCGGGCUGUGCCCUGAAGGUGUCCCGGGACGAUGUCGACCUGGUGCUGGAGCCUGCGCCCACGUCGAUCAUACGAGUGUCUCUCGGUGGACACACCCUCUUCCUGAUCUCCGAGGUCUUCCUGAGCUCCGUCGACGAACGCUUAGUAGAGCAGGGCGACUUGUCUGCCUUCCUAGAAACGAACGUUUUCCUGGGCGCUCUCGGGGAGGACGUCGUCGUCGAGCAGGAAUUCUGCGCGUCUGUCCCAGAGGUCGCCGCCCAGGAGGAGGUCUACGAGGAGGACGCGGACCCCGAGUUACUGGAGCUCUGGAUGGACUCCCCAGCUGGCUCGGCCACUGGGCUUUACUCCUCCAUUAUAAGUAUGUUCAGCCCCUACACCAGUUCAGAGAGACGCUCUCCACGCCCCAUCUUCGACCAGCAAUUCCACCUUCUGGAGCCUGUCCCCAGCUCACCUCUCCAACCUCUACCUCCUUCUCCGAGUCCAGGUCCCCACGCGCGCCCGGAGCUCCCAGAGCGCCCUCAGUGCACGGCCCGGAGGCGCCUGUUCCAGGAAUGAACCCCCACUCCCACGUACACACAACAACUAUGGCCGCCCUGCUGGCGGCCCUCUGGGAUUGCCAUAAUCUCUCACAUUAAGUAUCCAACAAACUGGAAGUUGGGCACUGCAUGUGCGGACAAUGGCUUUUUCGCUGCACACUACGG